ACUCUGAGGCUUCAUUGCAUGAGUUUUGUUCUAGCUCAAAUUACUCUUGUUCAAAUACUCAAAGCGUUCGGACGGCAAUAGACUUGAAGUCUGAGCCGGCACAAAAAUGACAACUGGAACAUUUGUACUUGUUGCUGCCGCAGCGAUAAUCAGUCUGGUUGCUGCCUCAAGCAUACCGGAUAGUAAUGGAGAAUUGCCACAUAAUCCGCUGGAGCACGAUUCGCUGCAUGGAAAGCAUUUUGAUGCCGGUGAACACAAUUCGCAAUACGAUCACGAAUCAUUUCUGGGCGCCGAUGAAGCCAAAAAGUUUGACGAACUGACGCCGGAGGAGAGCAAGCGACGCUUGGGUCUGAUUGUGGAUCGUAUCGAUGCAGAUAAGAAUGUAUUCAUAACACUAGCUGAGCUGAAGGCGUGGAUUCAGUACACACAACGUCGCUACAUCGACGAGGAUGUGAGUCGCAUUUGGCGUCAACACAAUCCGGAUAACAAUAAAACCAUCAGCUGGGAUGUCUAUCGCAAGAGCAUCUACGGCUUCAUGGAUACGCUAAGCAAGGAGGAAUUGGAGCACGAGGAGCAGGGCAUUUCGUACAAGAGCAUGUUGGCCCGCGAUCGUCGUCGCUGGGCUGUCGCCGAUCGGGAUCUGGAUGAUAGUUUGACUAUCGAGGAGUUCACUGCGUUUUUGCAUCCCGAGGACCAUCCCACCAUGCGUGAUGUGGUGCUGCAGGAGACCACCGAUGAUCUCGACAAGGAUAAGGAUGGCAAAAUCUCUGUGGAUGAAUACAUCGGAGACAUGUAUCGUCCCUCCGAACCCGAUGAGGAGGAACCCGAAUGGGUGCUCAGCGAACGCGAGUCAUUCUCCAAGCAUCGCGACCUGGACAACGAUGGCUACCUGACCGAGAACGAGAUCCGUCAAUGGAUAUCGCCCAAUGAUUUCGAUCAUGCGGAGAGCGAGGCCAAACAUCUGAUCUUUGAGGCGGAUGUGGACCACGAUGAGCAGCUAACCAAAGAGGAAAUACUCGACAAAUACGAUGUCUUCGUCGGCUCCCAGGUGACGGACUUUGGCGAGGCACUCGCUCGCCACGAUGAGUUCUAAACAAAAAAAGCGAACCAAUCUUUUUUCUAAGCUAUAGUUAACAAAAUCGCAACUCGAAUGCCAAAUAAAUUGUAAUACUUCUUAGCCAUUUAAGUCACAGACAAACAACUCAACUUAACUCAAACCAACAGCAAAGUGCAUUAUAAACACAGACUUAACUUAAAA